CACGGCAGGCUGAGCAGUGAGGAGAAGCUCUGGUUAGCUGUGUACUGUAGAUUCGCAAGGGCACACAUCUCCCGUGUGAGUUUCUUUGUGGCGAGAGAGAGCGCGACUCUCUCCCAGUCAAACGAUGUUGUUACGACAACGUCCUCGUGUGCUGUUCCUCUGCUUCUACGCAAGCUGCUGCUGUGUUCCGAUAAGAAAAUCCUUAUGCGGAGCGUUUCCCGUUCGAACGACACAAAGCAUGCGCAGCCGCAACGACAACGACAGGAUCACCAGCUCUGGGACCCGGCUUGAAACACAGGCACCCGUUCCGGUACGGUGUCGUCAUACCAACGUCUCGAAACAACAACAGCCCUUCUGGGUCUUCACACGAGGUGGAGGCGGCACCGGGCGACCACCACGUCUGGGCGCCUACGACAACGCUGAAGUAGGAGCUCCUUCAACGACUCCUGCCGCUGCUGCUUCUGCUGCUGCUGCUGCUUGCGCAACCCCAACCGAGGCAGCGGCGGAGCAACUACCGGGAGGCAACAGCGUCGGCUCAUCGGCAUCGGCGGACGACGCGAGCGGCAUAGACGACAGUGCUGGCAAAGCGGAAGACGAUGGCGAGAACGGCGCCGUGCCUGCUGCCGCCGACGAACGAGAAGAAGCCGGUGAGCUCCGGCCUAGGCAGGCGCGGGUCUUGGAGUGCCGCAUGGAGGCGGUAGGUGGAGAUGAGACGCUAUUCGCGUGCCUCGGGGACGACUUUUCCAAGUUCACCGUAUUCCUCGAAUCAGCAGUCGCGAGGGGGCUCAGUGAUGAGCUUGGACACAGGGGGGCGGAAUCGUAUUCUGCGGCGGAAGGGGUGGCAAAGCGGCAAGUCGUCGCGAACACCGUGGACCUCGCAGACGAAGGAGUCAAGCAGGGCUUGGAGACGCUGUGGAAGGAAGGCAGACUCUUGUCUCAGGAGAGCGAUCCAGCGGACGUUUUGCGAGGGCGGGAGCGAAAUUUCUCCGAGCGGCUGUCGGCUUACACCAACAGAACCAGGUUCGACCACUGGGAGACAAUUCCUCCUGAGCGAUUGCUAGACACCGUGGAAAAAGGUUGCGGCGCGGAAGCUCGGACCCUCAGUGCCUUUGACUCUGGCCGGCCGUUGGAGAAGACCCUCUCGUCGAUAAAGGCCAUCCUCGAAUGGUUCAGACAGGAAUUCCCGUACUACUAUAGCGGAUGCCACACGUGUGGAAACGGCGACAACAACACCUUCGUGGGCUACGUCUACCCGACGGCGGAGGAGCGAGAGUUUCGUGCCGGCCUCACGGAGGUGUACCUCUGCUCUUCGUGCGGCCACGUUAGCCGUUUCCCGCGGUACACCGCCGUGUCCAAGGUGUUGGACACCCAUAGGGGGCGCUGCGGGGAGUACAGCGUGCUCAUGCUGCGCCUGCUCGAGGCGCUGGGGUACACGUGCCGCUGGGUGGUGGAUUGGGCCGACCACGUGUGGGUGGAGGCGAGGGUGGACCGGCGGUGGGUUCACGUCGAUCCGUGCGAGGCUGCUGUCGACGAGCCCCGGCUUUACGAGUCCUGGGGAAAAAAUCAGACGUACAUCCUUGCCUUCAGCCCCACCGAGGUAGUCGAUGUCACGGAAGCGUACACCAGGACUGUGACACAGGGAGAACCGAACGGGCGUCACCUAUUUUUGAAAUUGUCUUUCUUUUGCUGA